UGGUUUGGCAACACAGCAUUAAGGAUAUUUUGUUUUGUAGCAUACACUUACGACUUAAAAUCAACAAUGGCGUACUUAGUACGGCCAGUUCUUAUUUGUAUUGCCCUGGCUGUACAAGUGAUCCGAGGAUGUCCGAACGGCUGGGAAACAUUUGAUGGAUCUUGCUAUUUUAUAUUCGACAUAAAGGAGCCUUGGCUAGCUGCAUCGACCACGUGCAACUCGUACCAUGCUCAUCUCGCUGAUGUUAAAGAUGUCCACGAGGAUAACUUCCUGAAGCAAAUAAUCAAUAAAUACCACUAUGGACACCCAAGUGACACUUACUUUUGGUUGGGCGGAAACGACAUGUUUGUGGAGGGAGACUGGGUAUGGAAGGGAAGCGGUCAUCGUUUUAGAUAUACACACUGGUUAAAAGGCGAACCAAACAAUAACAACGGGCAGGACUGCCUAUUAUCGCAUAUUAGUGGCACUCGCUUUUAUUGGGAAGAUAGGGAGUGCACAUCCAAAUACAAUUUUGUUUGUGAAGUCAGCAGUGGUUCCGGCGCAGCCGUUAUAGGAUGAAGUUUAAGCUGUCGUAAGAAGAAGGUCAUUGAUAAUUUUAUUUUGUUGGUUUGAAAGAAUAAACUUCGUUUAAA